AUGGCUCGAAGGAUGCUCCAAGUUUUCCUAUCACAGCUGAAAACAGAUGAUGGGAAGUUGUCUCUGGAGGAGUUUCAGGCCUUUUUCUCAGAUGGGAACCUCAACGAGGAGGAACUUGAGAAGCUGUUUCACACUAUCGACUCUGACAACACCAAUAAUGUGGAUACUAGAGAGCUGUGUGAUUAUUUUGCGAAUCAUAUGGGCGACUAUGAAGAUGUCCUCUCUUCAUUGGAAACACUCAAUCUGUCUAUCUUGAAGGCCAUGGAUUACACCAAGAAGGUGUAUGAGAAGGGCACCAACGUUGACCAGUUUGUAACACGUUUUUUGCUGAAGGAGUCGGCCAAUCAGAUCCAGUCUCUUCUCAGCUCCGUGGAGAGUGCCGUAGAUGCCAUAGAUGAGCAGACUAAUCCGAUCAGACACUGCUAUAAGGGAUCAGGAAUGACCGAUGGGUGGCAUGAAGAUCCUCUACCUACUUACCCUCCAACUAGAAGUUCCACCAAGGACCUGAGGAAGAGCGUAAAGAGCAGCUGCUCAGAUGUGAAAGAGGAAGGUCUAGAGGCGCAGAUUAACCGACUGGCCGAGCUGAUCGGGAAACUGGAAAAUAAGACGCUCUCCUUUGAUUUGCACCAGAGACUUUCUGACAAUGAGAAUACAUCUUCAAUGUACCUUUACUUGGUGCGACAGGAAAUGCAAGUUUCCCAGAAAUUUGUGAACGACUUUUGCAGUUCUCUGAAACAAUAUCUAAAAAAUGUAUCAGGACAAGGAGAAUGCUUCCAUGUAACUGCUGUGCGGAUACCAGAUACCAAUACUUUUAUUGUCUAUGAAUUCUGGGAGGAAGAGGGGGAGUGGAAGAGGCAUCUUCAGAGUGGACCCUGUAAAAAGUUCCAGCAUGUAAAGGUGGAUACACUGACCCAGCCAGAAUCCAUCUCUGCAAUGUUUGUGCCAGCUGCUUGGUGCACCCUUGGUCGAGAUUGACUGUACCGCUUGUGAAGUUGAGCAGAGUCUGGUUGUGGCAUCGUUGGCUCUCCGAGCAGUGUAUUUCACCAGGAGCCUUCAAAAACCUUCUAGAUGAGAUGUGUCUCCUCCUGAUGACUUUGUUCCAAGUGCUGUCUCUUAAAUCCACAUAGUGGGGAAUGUAUUUGCUUGUGAAAAAGGGAAAUCUUCCUAGAACCAAUAUCCCACUUUUGAAAUGCCUCAAAAAAUAUAUUUAACAUGAGUAAAGGAACUUUGAGCAACAAGAGAACCUAGGGGAUAUCUAAUAGGGCCGUAGCACAGAUCUCUCUUGUGCAUGCAUGAUGAAACCUCUUGCAUUUGUACUUUACCAUUGUUGUAGAUAGAUUUUCUCUGGAAGGCAAUACUUAGAGUAGUAAAUAUUUAGGAGAAAUACAAGUGAGCCAGCUGAAAAUAUUAACUUUUUACAUUACUGGCCUCUAGUUUUGGAACGUACACACCGUUGUGGUAGAUAUGUUCAUGUUUUUAGUUCAGGUUGUACCAUCCAUCUGCCAACAUUUUCUCUCUGGUUCCCCUGGCGUCAUCCAGUGAUGUAUGGCUAGAUGCAAAGGGCGAAUAAAGGAGCUGGUACUAAAGUUCCUUACAUCCUGGAAUGAUAUGCAGGAAUGUGGAUUUUUUCCCCUCUCUCUGUCAUGUUUGAUAUUCUAUAACUCUGUAAACUGAUCACUAUUCGUAUGGGUUUUAAUAGUGCAAUGCAACUUGCUAGAAAAUGUCAUUCCAAAGGAAUUGUACAGGCUAUGUACAGCCAAGA